AUUUUACGGUUAGGGUCAGAGGUCACUUCUUAAGUCCCGCGUGAGAAACCAAAAACGUGCAACAUGUUUACGUUGGUGGAAAUGACAGAUACUGUCAGAAUACCGCCUCAUAUCUUCCACAUCAAACUUAACGACGCCGUUAUUGAGGAACUGAACAACAAGUUUGCAAACAAGGUUGUAUACAAUGUGGGGUUGUGUAUAGCCCUGUUUGACAUCACAAAGCUGGAAGAUUCCUUCAUUUUCCCUGGAGAUGGGGCAUCUCAUACAAGAGUUCAUUUCAGAUACGUGGUGUUCCGACCGUUCAUGGAUGAGAUUCUACAGGGAAGAAUACGCAGCUGUAGUAGGGAAGGUGUGCACGUGUCUCUUGGUUUCUUUGAUGACAUCUUGAUCCCACCUGAUGCUCUCCAGCAACCAUCCAAGUUCGAUGAAAGCGAACAGGUGUGGGUGUGGGAGUACGAGACAGAAGAGGGGACACACGACUUGUUCAUGGACAUCAACGAGGAGAUUCGCUUCCGGGUGGUGGACGAAGUAUUCGUGGAUACCACACCCACAGGGCCAAAGGUCAGCGAGGCUGCGGAAUCCGACAAAGAGGCCAAGAAGUCGCCAUAUGCACUUGUGGGAACCAUCAGUGAACCUGGCCUGGGACUACUGAGCUGGUGGAGCAGUGUCGGAUGAACGCCAUUGUUUGUUUAUGUUUGUUUGUUUGUUUACUAAAAAGACAAUACAUUGUAUAUAUACAAAAUUGAAAAGUUUUGUUGCUUUGUUCCUCUGUGAAGAUUCUGAAUACAAUUUAUUUAUAUUUAGAGUUACCAAGAUGGAAAAGAAAUACUGGUCAGUUAGUUUUCUGGUUGAAUUUAAUUACAGAUUGUUUAGUUCUUGUGUGCUUGGAUCAGUCUAAUGUAGCUUUCAUAUUUUGUUCAGAAGUUUGAUGCUUUGUUGUGAUAUUUUUAUGUCAUUUAUCAGUGACAUACUAUUGUGUUGUAACAUAUUGUUGUAGAAGCAAUGGUGAAUACAGCUGAUGUUUUCCCACAAAAAGAGCUGUUGUACCAUUGUCCUGGUGCUCGUAUGACAGACAUUGUGCCAUAAGUGGAUGUGCUAGAUCUUAGAUUCUUUUUUAUGCCUUUAAGUUUUACCCACACUACAGUGCUUGAAAAAUAUAAAGAAUGUUAAUUGUGAAAUGAAAGUUUGGUAAAGUGUACAAUGU